UUUUUUUGAGACAGAACAUAAGCAGGGGACGGGCGGGGGUGGGACAGAGAAUUUGAAGUGGGCUCUCUGCUGACAGCAGCAAGCCCAAUGUGGGGCUCAAACUCAUGAGAGAUCAUGACCUGAGCCGAAGUUGGACACUCAACCAACUAAGCCACCCAGGUGCCCUGCCAUCUUUUAAGAACCAGCUCAAAAAAUAACCUCUCCAAGUUUUUCCUGGCCUUCCAGUUAGAGAGCUUUUACAGUUAAAUGAGCUUUUUGUUUGUUUUGUCAUUAGGGAAAUGCAUUUUAAAGUUUAUUUUUGAGACAGACAGAGACAGCAUGAGUGGGAGAGGGGCAGAGAGAGAGAGAGAGAGAGAGAGAGAGAGAGAGAAUAUCCCAAGCGGGCUCCACGCAGUCAGCAUAGAGCUCAAUGCAGGGCUUGAACUCACAAAACUAUGAUAUCAUGACCUGAGCCAAAACCAAGAGUUGGAUGCUUAACCAAAUGAGCCACCCAGGUGCUCCUAAAUGAGCUUUUAUAGCUCAUUUCAUGGCCUGCCUGUAACAGUUCCUACCACAUAGUAAGCACAUAAAUAUUUUAUGAAUGAAUAGAAGCCUUAAGGUUCUCUUAGUGGGCUUUCUCUCCCUACCCAAUAGAAGCCCCUGUUUAGUUCACCUUUGUUCCACAAGCACCAGAUCAGAGCCUGUCAUUCAAUUUAUGUAAGUCCAAUUUUAACCGACUGAGCCACCCAGGCGCUCCUAUAUAAAUCCAAUUUUUAAACUCUUUGCCCUUUAGGAGCUUGGAAUCUAGUUGAGGAAACAGGACUGAUCCAGAAAGAUCUGGGUUCAAAUAUGCAACCUCUCAUCUUAGCUAGGUGACCUCGAGCAAAUCCCUUUCUCUCAAAUCCCUUUAUUUGGGCCUCCUUUACCUCAUCAAUGAAAUGGGCACAAUACUAUUCACUCCACCUACUUCAUGGAGUUGUCAUGAGAAGCCAUCAAGAUAACAAUGUUUGCGGAAAUGCUUUGUUAAUUGAGAGCUAUAGAAAUGUAAGGGGCGCAGGAGAUGUCGUGUUGUUAAUAAUGGUAGAAAACACUUCCACAGUUACUCUGUGCCAGGAAUUAUUCUAACAGCUUUCCAUGUAUUAAUUCAUUUACUCCUUCUAGCAACCAUAUGAGGUGGGAAACAGAGGCACAUAGAGGUUAAGAACUUGCCCAGUUAAUUGUAACUGACAAAUCCGGGAUUUGAACCCAGGGAAUCUGGCACCCUGGCCCGCACUAUUACAUACCAUGCUAUGCUGUCUCCUUUUACUUUUCCCAUUUAAUAACAUUACAGAAUUAGGUGCUGAGUUUUGAGGGCCCAACAGUGAGUUCGCUAGAAAUUCUGCUGAGGCCUGGAAGUCCUGUUAGGUGAGAACUGUAGAACAGAAGGAGAACAGAAAGGAGGGCAUUCAUAACAGGAGCAAAGGUACAGAAAUGGCACCUAGUUUGAUGUGUUUGGGGGACAGUGAAGAGGCCAAAAUGGUUGGAAAGGGUAUCUGCCGAUGAGGGUAGAGGGAAUUAAAUGCCAGAUGUGGAAUUUGGACAGUAAUAGGGAGAUAUUUGCUGGUUUCAUCUGUUUAUUUGUAACUUCUAGGGUAUGAGAAACCAAAAGCAGUCCCCAGGUUGACUUCUUCCUGGAGGAGGGGGUGGAGGGGCAAGCAGAGGACCAAGCCUGCCAGUGGCAUACCCUUCUUCCCAUCCUUUCCACACCUUCCCAGGUUGUUGUGGGUGGGGUAAGGGUUAGGGAAGGGUUAGAUAGGAGUAAGAUGGAUGCCUGACCCCCAGUGGUGGCUGUGUGGAACUGCAGAGCAGUGAUCCUCAAAUGAAGUGGCAGGGACAGCCUGACAGGGGGACUCCUAUACCACUAUUGGGCUGAGACACCUUCAUCCCAGAGCCGGACAAAGGAGAGGGCUCCCUCUGGAGUCAGUCUCCCUAAACGAGGCCUCCUGAGUGGGCAAGCUGUCUAACAAGAGCCAGCGUAGUGUGAUGGUUUAGAGCACAGGCUCAGGGUCAGACUGGGUUAAAACUAACACUCUGACACUUACUGAUCUUGGUGAUGUUCUUAACCUCCUUUUGCCUUAGUUUCACUCCCUGUAAUGUGGGGAUAAUGGUACUUCCUUCAUAGGUUUACUGUGAAAAUUAAAUAUGAUCAUGUCUGGGGUCACCUGGCUCGCUCAGUCAGUGGAGCGUGUGACUCUUGAUCUCUGGGUUAUAGGUUCGAGCCCCACGUUGGGUGUAGAUACUACUUAAAAAAUAAAAUCUUAAAAACUGUGACCAUGUCUGUAAGCACAUAGCAUAUUAUCUAGCACACAGUGAGUGCUCAAUCAAUGUCAGCCAGCUGUGGCAGUAGUUGUCUUCUGGUUCACUGGCUCUGCAGGCCUCUCCCCACCCCUACACAUGUGCACACCCACACCCACACACAGACACACAGCCAGCAGCAGCAGCAGCAACAGCAGCAAUGGGAAGGAGCUGGGCAGAUGGGGGAGGGGCUCCAGGAAUGCUCUAGGGGGUGAGGGUGGAUGGCUCCCUUGGAGGAUUCAGAUUUCCCUCCUACUCUCCAUCAUUCUUCUCCAUCAGCCCAGUAACAGUUCAGGAGCAGGCAAGGCUUUGGCAGAUCCUGGCUGAGAGGAAGGGAGGAGCUCAGUCUCUCCUCUUCCAAAGAACUUGAAUCUGUGGAUCCCAAAGGCAGCCACAAUAAGUCCCCUCCCCAGAGGGUCAUGAUAAGGCUAAGCGGCCUUUUUCCUGCCCCGGCUAUUGGACCUAAUCCUCCCUCCCUUGGGCCUCAGUUUCCCUGUCCGUGGGCUGUGGAAAGAGAGUGCUUCCCGCCUCACUGUCUCUAUGACAACCGCGAUCGAUGUUGGUGGUGUCCUCCUGACUGGAGAGGUCACCGCCUUCUCCCGGCUUAUAUUCUCAUACAGCUCCGUGCAGAUACAAUUAUGCAAUCACCGUAGACCCAUACUCCUAAUUAUAGGACACAGCUAUACUACCAGUCUUCAGACCUCUAUCCCGCAGCCCUGCUGAAACCCAUACACUUCAUGCCCCCCACACACUCAGACAUACGCCAGUGCACUCACACACACAUACUAUGGACACCCAGGUCACUUACUCCCAUACACAAGACACACACCUAAUAGACACAUACGCAAUCAUGUGCAAACCACACACAGAGACACACAUAAGGGGAGAAACACAUACUCUCUAUAUAGUCAGACAUGGGAAUACACACAAGAAAAUGCCCAGACACUUAUAAUUUCUGACUCAUGUAUCUAUUCCUUAUACACGUGUAGCUCAUAGUCUUUCUCUCUCUCUCUCUCUCUCACACACACACACACACACACACACACACACACACACACUGCCCUUCCCUGCCCUCUCCCUAAGCACAGCUCCUCCCUCUACCCCCUCCCUUUGGCACAGAGUAGCCACAAGGUGUCUGGGGGAAGCUGUCCUCAGGGACAGAGGCAGGUCGCUGCCUUCCUCUUACGGCCUGGCCUGUUUUGUCCCAUAUCCUUCACGCCAAAGGCUCCUGAGGAGAUGCCGGUCUGUAGGCUGAAGUGGCCCCGAGAAGAGGAAAAGGCUGUGACUGGGAGGCUUGCGGGGCAGAGGCGGGGUGAGGGGGCGGGAGAGGGAGGAGAUCCUGGGAGGGGAGGGGGAGGGAGGCUGCAGGCGGUCCUCUUACUCCGGCCGGGGAGCCUGAGGGGGAGGUGGUGUGAGGAGGGCUUCCAGUGUGUCUGACCCUCAGCUGGUGGGGGCCAUGCCCCAGGCCCACCAUGAACCUGGAAGGGCUGGAGAUGGUUGCUGUGCUCGUGGUCCUCGCUCUGUUUGUCAAGGUCCUGGAGCAGUUUGGUCUUUUCGAGCCUGUCUCCUUGGAAGACAGCGUGGAGGAUGAGUUUGAAUUGUCCACCGUGUGUCACCGGCCAGAGGGUCUGGAGCAGCUGCAGGAGCAAACCAAGUUCACACGCAAGGAGUUGCAGGUCCUGUACAGGGGGUUCAAGAAUGAAUGUCCCAGCGGAAUUGUCAACGAGGAGAACUUCAAGCAGAUUUACUCUCAGUUCUUUCCUCAAGGAGACUCCAGCACAUAUGCCACUUUCCUCUUCAAUGCCUUUGACACCAACCAUGAUGGCUCUGUCAGUUUCGAGGACUUCGUGGCUGGUUUGUCGGUGAUUCUUCGGGGAACCAUAGAUGACAGGUUAAACUGGGCCUUCAAUCUGUAUGACCUCAACAAGGAUGGCUGCAUCACCAAGGAGGAAAUGCUUGAUAUCAUGAAAUCCAUCUAUGAUAUGAUGGGCAAGUAUACGUAUCCUGCGCUCCGAGAGGAGGCCCCAAGGGAGCAUGUGGAGAGCUUCUUCCAGAAGAUGGACAGGAACAAGGAUGGCGUGGUGACCAUUGAGGAAUUCAUUGAGUCCUGCCAGAAGGACGAGAACAUCAUGAGGUCCAUGCAACUCUUUGACAAUGUCAUCUAGCUCCCCAGGAGAGGGGGUCAGUUGUCCUGGGGGGACCAUGCUCUAGCUCUAGUCCAGGUGGAACUCACCCUUCUCUUCCCAGGUCUGUCCUCAUUCUAGCCCUGCCCUGGGGGCUGUAGGAAUCCAAGAGCCUGGGGAUUCAGUGGUCCAGACUGCUGGAGCUAAAGGGGCCAGGGAGUGGGCAGAGUGUACCUGUGGAGUGUUCCCAACUCCCAACAGCUCCCACCCCCUUCCUGCCUAACACUCAGUGCUGAGGGUGCCCCUGCUAAUAGGAAAUAAGUGGUUCUCCACCUUCCGUCCCUACUCUAGAAACUACAACACUAGACAAAAUGUCUCCUGCUAUGGUGCUUCCCCUAUCUCUGAUCUCAUAUGCAUUUCCUCUAAGAUUUCCUUCUCAGAGAGGCUACUCUGUCAAUGGCACUGACUAGCCUGUUAGACCAGGGCCUUUGAGAGCCUUGCAGAGGGGGACAAGAAUGUAAAGGGAGAAAUCUUAGGCCUGAGCUGGGUGUUUAGGUCACAGGUGGCUGGGACAGAGUGCAAAAAGGCCUGGAGAUUGUAACACCUCAGGCAUGCCAGACUAUAGGUCUAAGCUCCAUAGGUCUGCCACCCCAGGCUAUCAUGAGUUUCUAGGCUCUCCAGAAGACUCUGUCUCCUAGGAAAUGCCCCAGAAAUUUCCAUACUCCUCAGUAUCCCAGGAGAGCAUAGGAUCUUGAUGUCUGGCUCAUCCCUGGAAUUCCUUCCUUUCCUUCCUUCCUGUUUGUGUGGGUGGUAGCAGCAGCAGGGGAAUAUGGGUGGGAGAUGUCCCAGCUGAUACCUGCCAAAGUUUCAGCCUACCCUCUCUGAUGGCUGCCACUUAAGUUUUUAUUUGCCAUUUAUUCUAGACUUGGAGGCAUGGAGUGAGUCAGUGGAUGCCUUAGAAGAAAGGGGAAGGAGGGAGGCAUGUAUAACAUCUGAAACCAGUGUGGGGGCAUUCACUAGAAUCUUUGGUCUACCCAGGCUCUAUUCUAACCCCCCGCAUAACCUCCUCAGUUCCUACUUAGGGUGUCCUCUCGUUCAAUUCAGUCUACCCAGAGAUGCCCCUGAACACACCUAGAAGGCAGGGACCACUCUUGCCAUGCUGCCACCCUUUAAUAUACUUGCUCGUUCCAUUUAGCUCACUCUCCCAGUCAGUCAGGAUCUGAGGGUUAGGGCCCUAAGGGGGGCCCCUUUCCCAUCAGAACACUGUUGACUGCUUUGCAUUUUGGGCUCCUCUGUAUAUUUUGUAAAAUAAAAAAUAUACCAGAUCCAAUAAAACACAAUGGCUAUGCA